UAAACAAAGAGACUACUUUAUAGUGGCCUUGACAUUGACUAUGAAGUUGACGAGCCAGACAGAGGCAUAAUAAUCACAUGACUACUAUUUGUGUGUCAGUGGUAUUUUAUCAGGUUUGGCGAAAGACUUUGUGAACACCUCCUCUACCAUGAGCGUUAACAAAAAGUCUGCCAAGAAGACCUUCCAUGUAGACGAGUCUGACCUGCUGUGUAAGAACGGUUGUGGUUUCUAUGGUAACCCAGCAUGGCAGGGCUUUUGCUCCAAAUGUUACAGAGAAGUCUAUCAGGCAGCCAAGCAGGCUCAAGCUCAACAUGAUGAGCAGAAAACCAGGCCAUCAGAAGAAGCUGAGGAGACCACUAGUACUCCACUGUUCUCCAAGUUUACAGAGAAAAAGUCUGUACAGUUUAACAAGCGAUCUCACACAGUCAAAUCCAUCUUCAGGAAGACACCCACGAAAGAUUCUAUGGUCCAUGAGACCAAUAGCGCACGUAAAGAAAUAAAGCGAGUGAGUUUGGAAACCCAGCAACUGGGAACAGAAUUUGCAGAUUAUCUGAAGUCCAUCCGUAAAAAUGUGGCCGUAGAUGUGACCAAGAACACCAAGCUGAUUGUGGACAAACUGACCCAGAACACGGAGGCACCAGUGGAUGACCUGUCCGAAAUGAUCCAGGACUUUUACCAGAACAUGUCCGACAGGAUGAACAUGAACAGUACAUACAAAGGUCAGAGUCCUGAGAUGACAGAGAAACUGCUGGACUAUAUAGAGAAAUACGUGAUGGUGCGUGUUUACUCCAUGGUGUUCUCUCAGAAUAUCGAGGAUGAAGAAAAUGACUUGAAGACUCAGAACCUGAUCCGAAGUCUACACUGGGUGACUGCUCAGCAGCUUGACACGCCCAUCAAUGAUAAUGAGGAAGACGUCCGACAACUCGUGGACAAGGCCAUUACAGAAAUAAUUGAUAUGAAUUCAAAGAAAUCGCCCCCAGACAAGUUGGAUUGUGUCACUCGUUGCUGCAAGAACAUCUUCGAAAUGUUAAGCCUUUCCAAAGCGGGUCCAGCUAACGCGGAUGACUUCCUUCCCGCACUGAUCUUCGUCGUCCUGAAGGCCAAUCCUCCAUUACUCCAGUCCAACAUACAGUACAUCACAAGGUUUGCGAAUCCCAGAAGACUGAUGAGCGGGGAAGCAGGCUACUACUUCACUAACUUGUGCUGUGCUGUGACCUUCAUUGAGAGCAUCAACGCUGAAUCACUGAAUCUAACACAACAGGAAUAUGACAGGUACAUGUCGGGGGAGGCGAUCCCUCCCCAGAACGGACAGGACAAUACAUGUGAAGGUCUCCACACUAUGUGGCAUAACCUGCGGACUCUCUCCGAUCUCCGACAGCGACAAGAGAGAGUCAUGGCAGACACACUCCAACUCCAACAAGAUAUGAAAGAAUUUCAAGCUAGUUUUAAGCAGGAUGUGCAGAGUGUACUGGAGAAAAAUCCUUGUUCAAUCCGACCUCGGAAAAUGAAAAUUGACAUUGAUGCUGACACAGAAAAUGUCGCAAAUCUUCCAACACCACUACUUCCUGAACCAAUAAUGCCAACAAAUUCUGUGUCAGUGGUUGGGCAGGGAACCAGCCAAAGAGAACAGAGCCCCUCAGCAGAUUCCGUAGCAGGAGAGGUGGUUCCAAUGGACUUGCUCCGUUAAUCGUAGUGUGACUGAGAGAGUGUGCACGGGAAAAGAGAUUUUGUGUUGUGUAUGUGAAGAUAAGAUUGAAUUUGUGGAUUAGGUUUUGUGUGAGGAAGGUUUCAUAUUAUUGAUGUGAAGGGGUCAGUAGCUGUAGCCUGUAGUAAACAAAGCUGUAGAUCUGCGGAAUGUCUUCAUACUCAUAUCAACAUCACACAAGCACCAAUACUCAUGGAGAGAUGGGAGUGACAAGGGAGCGCACAAAUUUGUGUGUAUAUUUAUUGAGAACUUUUGUAUUAUUUAUAUUAAUGUAAUGUUCAAGGACAAGGCGUGGAAGUUGUGGACAAGGUUUAACUGUAAUUUCAUUGUUUCAUUUGUCUUCAUUGAUCAGAGCAUUUUGUAUGUAUAUAUGUUUGUAUGUGAAUGUCUACAAGCCUUUGUCUUUUAUUUUCUUUGUUUUUUCUGAGAUGGACUCAAAUAAAUUUUUGAAAUAA